AGUUUGCUUGGUUAACAAGUCGUAACCAGCUCUAAUUAAAUCUUCCACUGCUUAACACGAUUCUCAUACACACUUAGCUUUCAUCUCUUCAAAUCUGAGAAUCCAGCUCCGGCAAAGGAAAUCAUGGCGGCUUCUAAACUUUCAGGGAUAUUUGUUGUACCGUUAUGUGGGUUGGUGGGUCUUGUAGCUUGGGCUUAUCAAGCAACAAGACCUCCUCCACCAAAGACAAGUGGCUCGAAAGAUGGGCCUCCAGUUACAGCACCAAGAAUACAGCUCAAGGAUGGGAGGUACUUGGCUUACAAAGAAUCUGGUGUGCCAAAGGAUGUAGCAAAACACAAAAUAGUGUUUGUCCAUGGAUUUGCUAAUUGCAGGCUUCAUGUUGCUGCAUUGAAUGCUAACCUCUCACCGGAUAUGGUUGAAAGUAGAGGCAUAUACAUCGUUUCGUUUGAUAGACCUGGUUAUGGAGAGAGUAGUCCUCAUCCUAACCGGACUGUUAAGAGCUUGGCUUUUGACAUUGAGGAGCUUGCUGAUCAGUUGGGACUAGGACCCAAAUUCUAUGUGGUUGGAUAUUCCAUGGGUGGACAGGUUGUCUGGAGCUGCCUUAAAUAUAUACCUCACAGAUUAGCCGGAGCUGCUCUACUAACACCAGUUGUCAAUUAUUGGUGGCCUGGUUUCCCUUCACACCUGUCUCGACAAGCCUAUAACAAGCAGUUCAUACAAGACCAGUGGGCUCUUCGUGUUGCUCACUACAUGCCAUGGCUUACCUACUGGUGGAACACUCAGAAAUUAUUCCCUAGUUCAAGCGUUAUUGCUGCCCACCCAGAUAUUUUCACUAAUCCAGACAAACAACUAUUUCCAAAGAUUGUCUCCUUGGUCAUGGAGUAUAUGGCAACAGCAAUGCAACAAGGCGAGUAUGAGUCACUUCAUCGUGAUCUGAUGAUUGGUUUUGGGAGCUGGGACUUCGAUCCAAUGGACUUGAAAAAUCCAUUCUCAGAAAGUGGAGGUUCGGUUCACUUAUGGCAGGGGGAUGACGAUAAUCUCGUUCCUGUUACACUGCAGCGUUACAUUGCUAGUCGGCUGCCGUGGAUUCAAUACCACGAGUUAUCAGCUACUGGACAUAUGUUUCCAUACACUGAUGGAAUGGCAGAAACGAUCAUACAAGCACUUAUAGGUUGAAAACAAAGGUUUGUG